CGCGUGGCCAACCCUUGACCUUGGGCCUGACCACAACUCGACACCUGACAGGCACCAUUUCCCUUGGCUGCCUGCUCUACUUGCUAUUAUAUCUCUCGUCUUCCUAAGAGACAGCUCUGACCUCUCAAAUAUCCCUGCUGCGGAUAUCAGGCAUUUGCAUACUGCCAUGACGGAACGAGACCAGGGUCAGGAUCCUGCCCCUCCAAGCAACCCGCAUAAUGAAGUGGACGGCAGCGAAGAAGACAAACAUGCCCACAUCGAACUUCCGCCCGCCGAGUCUACGAAACAACAGUCUCCCUCUUCUGCGCCUCUUGUCAACAGCAAUGGCUGGGAUGGCAAACUGCGCAUGCCUCCUCGCAACGCCGUCUUGAGCAACCCCGAAGUCCUCUCCGACCCUGACUACUCUGACCCCGAUGCCCCUCCUGUCGAGCAGAUUGAAGCCGACGAGGACCUGUUAGAUGACUACCCGCCCGAUUCCGAGGACGUCGACCUGGUCCAUUGCCGCAUAUCGUCCAUUCCUGCCCUAAGACUCGAGCGCUUCACAAAAUUGAAAAGACUGUGCCUUCGCCAGAAUGCCAUUACCUCUAUCCUUCUGCCCGAGACCUUGGGAGAGACACUUGAAGAGUUGGAUUUCUACGACAAUCUUAUUUCGCACCUCAAAGGACUCGAGGACAUGAAAUGUCUCAAAUCAUUGGACAUGUCUUUCAACAAGAUCAAGCACAUCAAACAUGUCGACCACCUUCACACGCUUACCGAGUUGUACUUUGUUCAGAACCGCAUUUCCAAGAUUGAGAACCUAGAGGGUCUCUCGAAUUUGACCAUGAUCGAGCUGGCGGCGAAUCGCUUGCGUGAGAUCGAAAACCUCGACACCUUGACCCGGUUAGAGGAACUCUGGCUGGGCAAGAACAAGAUCACCGAGAUCAGGAAUCUCUCUCCUCUCAGAAAUCUCAGGCUCCUAGACUUGAAAUCUAACCGCCUCACAUCAAUAGGCGGGCUCUCUGACCUGACGAACUUGGAAGAACUCUACGUCUCUCACAACGCCAUUUCUUCCAUCCCCGCGGAUGCCCUGUCCAACAACAAAAAGCUCCGCGUUCUGGACAUCUCCAAUAACCAAAUCUCGCAUCUCGAAAACAUUUCUCACCUGACGGAACUGGAAGAAUUGUGGGCGAGUUCGAACCAACUGAGCGACUUCCGAGAGGUCGAGAACGAAUUGCGGGACAAGGAGAAUCUGGAGACGGUAUACUUCGAAAUGAACCCCUUGCAACUGCAGGGGCCGGCGGUAUAUAGGAACAAAGUGAGAUUAGCUUUACCGCAAGUAAAGCAGAUAGAUGCCACCUACGUCAAGGUUUGAGGGUCGACCCGUGCUGGGUGCAGAAGUUGAGGCGUCCGUUCACCAGUGUCGUGUCUCAUUUUGCUUGAACGUCCAGAGUCUCCAGCACCCGAACGAAGAGACUUUGCGAGCAUUCCGCACGGAGGUUCUCCAUCGUUUCUGUAACGAUUGUUGUAAAUGCAUCUCGUCACAGUCUCGGGGGCUCUUACAAGGCGUUUGCAUAUUCCUCCUUCUCUCUUUAGCGCUGCAUGUGGUCAGCUCUGCUGGUUGAGCUGAAGUUCGAAAGCAUUGUGUAAGGUGUUGUCGAUCCGAGGCUCUAUUCCUCGAGGAUGACUGUCUAAGCGCGAGUUGGACAGCUGAACCCAUCAGUACCCUGGGGGAAGAGAGAAGGAACAUUCAAGCAAGGAUGUGGAUCAUGAGCAUGGGAAGACGGUAAGGACGUGGAAAUAACGACGGUCUUGCAGUGUGCAUGUUACCAGCAUUCAUAACAAAGAUAUGCAAUUGGCAUCAGCGAAAGAGUUCGGGUCUCAAGCGACCAAACCCAGCCAAACGCGGUCGGGCUGCCAGCGAGCGGCUUCUGGGGUUCGCCGGCGAGUUUGGGGACUAAUUCAUAGCAAUGCUCGUCCGUCAGUCACGGUUACACGGACACGGAUGGGUGGCUAGGUGGCUACCAUUGUUGCUGGCCAGAAUGAAAGAACCCAAGACCGUGGAGAUGGCAGAACCGCAAAAGACGCUGCCCGCCAUGAUCCGAACCUGAUACCAUCCAUACUUGUCUGUUUCAACCCUCUGUAUCCAUUCCAGACGUUUCGUAUCG